CUCACAUUAAAUUAUUUAUUUCCAAUUAACAAUUACCCAUAAAAAAUUCAAAUUUUUAAUUUUUAUUUCCAGUGAACUGUGAUUUUUAAAUCAUGUCCAUAAAGUGACAGUUUACAUUUUCCUUAUAAUUUUUCAAAAAAUUUGAGUAGUGAAUAAAAAAAAAUCUUAAUAAAUAAUUAAAACGGUAAUGGGUUUAAUGAAUAAAAACAAAUUAAUUUUAUUAAUAAUUUGGCUUAAAGUCAAUUAUUUAUUAAGCCAGUGUUUGAAUUAUAAAAAUCAAUCUAUUUUUAUAAAAGAUUAUUGAUCAGGGGAAAAAUGACAUCGAGGGUCUCAAAACCAACGACGCCGACCGAUAGCGGCAAAGUUAUAGUCGAGGGCCGCGAAACUUGGUCUGGAAAAGUUGAUUUUCUUUUAUCAGUAAUUGGAUUUGCUGUUGAUUUGGCGAAUGUUUGGAGAUUUCCGUACUUGUGCUACAAAAAUGGGGGCGGUGCAUUUCUAGUUCCCUACUGCAUAAUGUUAAUAGUCGGUGGUAUUCCUUUAUUCUAUAUGGAACUUGCUCUAGGGCAAUUUAACCGGAAAGGAGCUAUUACAUGUUGGGGACGACUUGUUCCUUUACUCAAAGGAAUCGGUUACGCUGUUGCGCUGAUAGCCUUCUACGUUGAUUUUUACUAUAAUGUUAUAAUAGCUUGGGCAUUGCGUUAUUUUUUUGCAUCGUUUACGAACAUGUUGCCGUGGACAACCUGCGGUAAUCCAUGGAAUACUCCACUUUGUCGGGAAUUAAAUUCAAAUACUUCUGAUGAGUUUGUUAUUAAUGACUGGAGUGAUUAUUACCAGACUUCGUUACUGCUUAAUACGAGCGAUAAUAGUUUAUUGGGAUACAAUAAUUAUGGAAGCUGGAGGAAUUACACGGAUGACAAUACAACGAAGUAUACGAGCGCGGCUCAGGAAUACUUCAACCGGGCGAUUUUGGAAUUACACCAGAGCGCGGGGUUACACGAUCUGGGAAUUGUCAAGUGGGACAUUGCGCUUUGUUUGUUUAUUGUUUAUGUUAUUUGUUAUUUCUCAUUGUGGAAGGGAAUAUCAACAUCUGGAAAGGUGGUCUGGUUCACGGCUUUGUUUCCCUACGCUGUGCUUCUGAUCCUCUUAGUCCGUGGUGUCACCCUACCAGGAAGUGCCGAAGGAAUAAAGUACUACCUCAGUCCCAAUUUCACCGCAAUAACAAACGCCGAGGUAUGGGUGGAUGCCGCAACUCAAGUAUUUUUUUCCCUCGGACCCGGGUUCGGAGUUCUUCUAGCCUACGCCAGUUACAAUGAGUACCACAAUAAUGUCUACAGCGAUGCAAUACUGACGAGUGUCAUCAACAGCGUGACUUCUUUUAUUGCCGGCUUCGUUAUUUUUUCGGUCCUCGGUUACAUGGCGCAUGCAAGCGGACGAUCUAUCAAAGAUGUUGCAACAGAAGGCCCCGGUCUUGUUUUUAUUGUUUAUCCCGCGGCAAUUGCAACGAUGCCUGGAUCUAUGUUUUGGGCGCUUAUAUUUUUUAUGAUGUUACUUACUCUCGGAUUAGACAGCUCAUUUGGUGGUUCGGAAGCAAUAAUAACAGCAUUAAGUGACGAAUUUCCUCUGAUUGGUAAUCACCGGGAAAUAUUUGUCGCGUGUUUAUUUACAUUAUACUUUCUCGUGGGUCUUGCGUCAUGUUCCCAAGGAGGAUUUUACUUCUUUCAUUUAUUGGACCGUUACGCUGCCGGUUACUCGAUGCUAUUUGCCGUACUCGCGGAAGCGAUAGCCGUCAGCUGGAUUUACGGCACCGAUAGAUUUUGCGCAGACAUUAAAGAUAUGAUUGGAUUUGCACCAGGACUCUACUGGCGCGUUUGUUGGAAAUUUAUUGCUCCGAUUUUUAUUGUCUUUAUUAUCGUCUACGGUUUAAUGGGCUACGAACCUCUUUCAUAUGACGAAUACACUUACCCCUUGUGGGCAAAUAUCAUUGGAUGGAUCAUAGCAUCGUCUUCAGUGGCCAUGAUCCCAGGAAUGGCGAUUUAUAAAAUAAUUGUUACCCCCGGAACAUUCUGUCAAAGAAUAAAAAUAUUAACAACUCCAUGGAGAGACACACAGCAGCAAACAGUGAACAUGAGAUCAACCGUAAGUUCAGUAGCUAAUGGAGCCGUACGAACAAGUUUACUCGAAGAAGGCGGUUUUGUUGACGUAUUACCUAAAGAACAAUUAGAUCUAACUAAAGAAAAAAUUCAAGUUGUACUUCAUCCUGGUGACAAUGGCGACCCACCACCAGAACCCGUCUAG